AUAAAGGAACAGUGCGGAAAGCGUUUGUAGGCAACUGUGUCAACACACCGGGUAAGAAGACAGUACGGGUAAACAGAUUUCAGAUAAUAGUGAAUUCAGAUAUCCUAUCCAUUAGACAAGACUAUGGAACUGUUGUCUACUAGGCGGUGACAAGCAGAGUUACACCGAAAAGGAAAGGAUCCUGGAUUUGAGAACACACAUCAGAAUUGACCGGGAGCAGCCAUUAACAUCUGUAAAUAUGAAUCCUGUUGAUAGUGAUACGUCCAUGGUUGGGCUUGUCUCCCUCGCUGCUUCUGCUUCAAGUUAAGCGGCUGGAAAAUGAGUGCCGCCUGGCUCUCUGGAGCAGGGCUUUGCCAAAGGCCUUGAUAUGAAAUCUCUGACCCUCCGCUGGCUUUGCCCGCUCAGCGUGAGCCUCCCUCUGUUGUUUUGGUUUGGACAUGUGAUCAGACGGGACCUGCCGGCGCCUGCAGUGCAAAGCACCGGGCUCAGGGGCUAUAGGAGGAUCGGCCCCGACAAGGUGGACCAGCAAGUCCUGGGCUUGCACUGCAGCCAGUGUGCCUUGGUGUCCAGCUCAGGUCAGAUGCUUGGAGCUGGCGCCGGUGAGGAGAUAGACAAGAUUGGAUGCGUGAUCCGGAUGAACAAUGCGCCCACAGAGGGGUAUGAGAAAGACGUCGGGAGCCGCACCAGUGUUCGCGUUGUGUCUCACACCAGCGUCCCCCUGUUGGUGAAAAACGAGCUCUACUAUUUCCAGCAAUCAGCAGACACCACAUAUGUGUUCUGGGGUCCUGAAAGAAACAUGAGGCAAGACGGAAAAGGACGUGUCUUCAACACGCUCCUGAAAAUAGCAAAGAAUUAUCCAAACGUGAGAAUCUAUGCCGUGACCAGAGAGAAGAUUGAGUACUGUGAUAGUGUGUUUCAGAAUGAAACUGGAAAAAACAGAAUGAAGACAGGGGCGUUUCUCAGUACCGGAUUCUUCACAAUGAUUCUGGCCAUAGACAUGUGUGACAGCAUCCAUGUUUACGGAAUGAUCGAUGAUAACUACUGCAGUCGAGCCAAUCACAGCGCUGUUCCUUACCAUUACUAUGAGAGGAACCGAAUCGACGAGUGCAGGAUGUACAAGGUCCACGAGCACACGCAACGCGGGGGUCACCGCUUCAUCACUGAGAAGGCCAUCUAUGCCAAAUGGGCAACACGGCACAAGAUAGAGUUUAAACACCCCAGUUGGAGCCUCUAAAGAAGGAGAAGAUAAAACCAGAAGAUGUUCCUUGGCCGUACACUGGUGUUCACUUUUGCUGGCUUCUUCUUUGCUGAACAUUUAGUGUCGCCUGAGCACUCUAAUUAAGUACGUGGCACUGUUACCGGUGGACUCCAGCUUCCGUUAAACCUUUUUUUCUCCAACUCAUCAGUUUUGGAGUUGAACCGGGCCCCAUUUGAUUCUGGCUCAUAGUGGAUAAAAUGAUCUACAGCCAUAAAAACAUAAGAUCAUGCAUUUUGUUUUUAUUCUUAAGAUGCUGGUAACAAGUGGUAAAGUACUUCCCACAGUGUUACUGAAUACUUCUGUUAUGUAUAGCCAUAUAUCAGUAUAGAUAAUGACAAAGAAUAUUAAGCCACUAUACUAGACACUAAAACCAGUUUAUACCAAAGCUUGCCAUUUUUAAUUUCUUUAUAUAUGUGCCUCAACUUUUUAUUCUGCACAGUGUUUUAUUUUGUGCUGCAGUCUUGCAUGCAGCUACAAACUGCACCUUUACUCCAUGAAACAGGAAGUGUGUGGUUCAGGGCUACAACAAACAGUCCCUUUCAUAAGCGUUUAAUCUGGCAUUUAUUGUCUCAAUUGGUUCAUCUUGUGGUCAACAAAUUGUCAAAAAUAACUUCAUCACAGUUUUCUCAGAACUAAUUAUUUGUUUUGUUCAACCAUUGGUUUGAAUUUCCAAAGUAAGUCAAUUUACAAUCAUAGAAGACCAGCAAGUAAUCACAUUUGAGAACUGGGACCAGAGAAGUUUUGGCAUUUUUUGUGUAAAGCAUUGCUCAAACGAUUAAUCAGUUAUCAACAAGUUGCUGCUAAUGAAUUCAUUGACUAAUCGUUUCAGCUUCAGUAUUGUUUUCCCUGCUCUCCUCCCUGUAAGUUGGUCAGUAUUUCGCCUCAGAGCACGACGCUCCUCUCGAUGGCAUGUCUGCCUUGAAGCAGAGCGACGUUCAAAGUAAACCUGCAUCUAUGAACAACUUGUUUUAAUACAAAAAACCUUUCAUUUCAGGCAAGUCUUGUUUGUGGCACAUUUCAUUUGAGGAUCCUGUUUUCUUUCCUCCGUCGUGUUUGAUGUGGCCUCUCUGUGCUGUGGCUUUGGGCCUCAGCUGUACAGCGAGUGAUUCAUGCUCAUAUACCAGAAAACAACAAAUGAACUCAGCGGGUCAUGCAGCUUCAGGCUUUACUCUUCAUAACAGACAUGCUGUUACUUCUGCAAAGCGUGAUAUUGAAACUUUAAGUUGAUUACUUGCCCUGACUGCAACCAGUUACAGUGUUUAAAGGCUUGACGUAGAAAGCUUUUCAUUUAAUCGAAACAUUCUUUGUUCAUGCGUUUAUGUGAACAGUGUGCAGAUAUUUCCACAGGGAGCUGAGUGCCAUUUGAUCCAAAGAGUGAUCAGUUUGCAUUUCUGCCACAUCAGUGGUUUAACACGGGCGAUGGAGCACAGCGUUGUAUGUGUUGUGUACUGUACAUGUGAUGACGUGUGUCCACCAUCCACCGAGCAGACAGUAUUAAAAUUUAUUGCAGAGAGACUUCUUGUUCAACCACAUCCAGUUUCCAGCCCACAGCUUCAACAAACAGUAUUAAAUACGAUGAGAAUGAUAAGAGGAUACAAAGAGAGCCUGCAGAUCUUUGUGGUUAGCGUGUAUCAUCUGUGUUAUCUGAUGGGACAUUUUGCACUGAUGGCAGUUUCAACACUGUGUGUCAUCCUAAGCCUCCAACAGAAAUCUGCAGACAAUUAUGGUCAAAGAAUAAGAUUACUGGUGUCAUGUGUUAACUUUGAAUAUAGUCCUGUGACCAUACAAACAAAAUGAGGUAGUUGUCUUCAGGCAGCUCCUUUAAAGUUGUGUACCCUUUGUAUUUUGCUGCCUGUUCACAAUGAAAAACAUAGCGCUGCCUUUUCAGUUGCAUAAUGCUUAUUUUGUGACUAAUUCCAAAGACUGUGAUAGUAUUUGCACUACUGAGCAAACUACUGUGUCAAAGUGUUUUACUGUCUGUUUCAGACAGUUUGUUUGAAUUAAAAUGUGUUGUUAUUGACUUUUUUGGGAACCAUGAUGUAGUGAGCUGUGCUAAGUGAAAACCUGAAUGUAAAGUUUGCCCCCUGUCACCGCAGAUGGGUGUCAACAUGAAUAAAUCUGCUGAA